AUGGAGUCGGCUCGGGGCCCGCCCAGGGUCAAGAACAAGGCCGCCGCGCCGGUGCAGAUCAGCGCCGAGCAGCUGCUGCGCGAGGCCGUCGACCGCCAGGAAGUCUCAUUGCAGGCGCCCACGCAACGCUUCAGCGACCUCGAGGAGCUGCACGAGUACCAGGGUCGCAAGCGCAAGGAGUUCGAGGACUACGUUCGCCGAAACCGGCUGAGCCUGCACAACUGGACGCAGUACGCGCAAUGGGAGCUCGACCAAAAGGAGUUUGCGCGCGCGCGGUCCGUCUUCGAGCGAGCCCUCGACGCCCACCCUCACAAUGUCCAGCUCUGGAUACGAUAUAUCGAGGCCGAGAUGCGGUCGCGGAACAUUAACCAUGCCCGCAACCUGCUCGACCGCGCCGUCGCCAUCCUGCCCCGCGUCGACAAGCUGUGGUACAAGUAUGUCUACAUGGAGGAGAUGCUCGGCAACAUCCCGGGCACGCGCCAGGUCUUUGACCGGUGGAUGCAGUGGCAGCCGGAUGAAGCAGCUUGGAGCGCGUACAUCAAGCUGGAGAAGAGAUAUGGCGAGUUCGACCGGGCGCGCGACAUCUUCCGGACCUUCACCAUGGUCCACCCGGAGCCACGAAACUGGAUCAAGUGGGCCAAAUUUGAGGAAGAGAACGGCACCAGCGACCUCGUGCGGGAGGUCUUUGGCGAGGCGGUGGAAUCUCUGGGUGACGAAUUCGUCGACGAGAAGCUCUUCAUCGCCUAUGCCCGGUUCGAAGCGAAACUCAAGGAGUACGAGCGAGCACGCGCCAUCUACAAGUAUGCGCUGGACCGCCUGCCGCGCUCCAAGUCGAUGGCGCUACACAAGGCGUACACGACGUUCGAGAAGCAGUUUGGCGACGAGGACGGCGUCGAGGACGUGGUGCUGUCCAAGCGGAGGCGGCACUACGAAGAGCAGGUGCGGGAGAACCCUAAAAACUACGACGCGUGGUUUGACUACGCCGGGCUGGAGGAAGCCUCGGGCAACGCCGAUCGCGUGCGCGACGUCUACGAGCGGGCGGUAGCGCAGGUGCCGCCGACACAGGAGAAGCGACACUGGCGGCGGUACAUGUACCUGUGGAUAUUCUACGCCAUCUGGGAGGAGCUCGAGGGCAAGGACGCGGAGCGGACGCGGCAGAUCUACACGACGUGCAUAGGGCUGAUACCACACAAGAAGUUCACGUUUGCCAAGGUGUGGCUGCUGGCGGCGCAGUUCGAGGUGCGGCAGGGCGAGCUCCAGGCGGCGCGCAAGCUGCUGGGGCGGGCGCUCGGCAUGUGCCCAAAGGACAAGCUCUUCGUCGGGUACGUGGACCUGGAGCGUAAGCUGUUCGAGUUUGUGCGGUGCCGGACGCUCUACGAGAAGCACGUCGAGUACAACCCGGCCAACUGCCAGACGUGGAUCCGGUUCGCGGAGCUGGAGCGCGGGCUCGACGACCUGGACCGCACGCGCGCCAUCUUCGAGCUGGCCGUCGCGCAGCCGCAGCUCGACAUGCCGGAGCUGCUGUGGAAGGCGUACAUCGACUUCGAGGAGGAAGAGGGCGAGUACGAGCGCACGCGCGCCCUGUACGAGCGGCUGCUGGCCAAGACGGACCACGUCAAGGUGUGGAUCUCGUACGCGCACUUUGAAAUCAACAUUCCCGACGACGACAACGAGGCGGAAGGUGAGGGUGAAGAGGACGAGGAGCAGGAGCAGCCCGUCAGCGACGAGGCCAAGGCGCGCGCGCGCAAGGUCUUCGAGCGGGCGCUCAAGUCUAUGCGCGACAAGGACCUCAAGGAGGAGCGCGUGUCGCUGCUCAACGCCUGGCUGUCGUUUGAGCGCACGCACGGCUCCGAGGCCGACGUCGACGGCGUCCAGCGCCAGAUGCCGCGGCGCACCAAGCGCCGCCGCCGCCUCGACGACGACACGUGGGAGGAGUAUGUCGACUACGUCUUCCCCGCCGACGACCAGCAGGCCAAGAGCCUGUCGGGCGUGCUGGCGCUGGCACAGAAGUGGAAGCAGACGGGCGGCGACCUGUCGGGGGCGAGAUGA